AGCAACUCCCAGAAUGCAGCGCGGAGCUUCCGGUUUCCGGCAAGAGGACAGGAGGAGAAAGAGAGAGCGCGAAAGAGAGAGGAUGUCUCUCUCAGAUUGGCACCUGGCGGUGAAACUGGCUGACCAGCCACUAGCCCCAAAGUCUAUUCUUCGGUUGCCAGAGACAGAGCUGGGAGAAUACUCACUGGGGGGCUAUAGUAUUUCAUUUCUGAAGCAGCUCAUUGCUGGCAAACUCCAGGAGUCAGUUCCAGACCCUGAGCUGAUUGAUCUGAUCUACUGUGGCCGGAAGCUGAAAGAUGACCAGACCCUUGACUUCUAUGGCAUUCAACCUGGAUCCACAGUUUAUGUUCUGCGCAAGUCCUGGCCUGAGCCUGAUCAAAAACCAGAGCCCGUGGACAAAGUGGCCGCCCUGAGGGAGUUCCGGGUCCUGCACACUGCCCUGCACAGCAGCUCCUCCUACAGGGAGGCGGUCUUUAAGAUGCUCAGCAAUAAGGAAUCUUUGGAUCAGAUCAUUGUGGCUACCCCAGGCCUCAGUAGUGACCCCAUUGCUCUCGGGGUUCUCCAGGACAAGGACCUCUUCUCUGUCUUUGCUGACCCCAACAUGCUUGAUACGUUGGUACCUGCUCACCCAGCCCUAGUCAAUGCCAUUGUCCUGGUCCUGCACUCGGUGGCAGGCAGCACUUCACUACCAGGGGCUGACUCCUCUUCCCGAAGCAUGCCCUCCAGCUCGUACCGGGACAUGCCAGGUGGCUUCCUGUUUGAGGGACUCUCUGAUGAAGAGGACGACUUUCACCCAAGCACCAGGUCCACGCCCUCUAGCAGCACCCCCAGCUCCCGCCCAGCAUCCCUGGGGUACAGUGGAGCUGCCGGACCCAGGCCCAUCACCCAGAGCGAGCUGGCCACUGCCCUGGCACUGGCCAGCACGCCGGAGAGCAGCUCUCACACGCCUACUCCUGGCACCCAGGGCCAUUCCUCAGGGACCUCACCAAUGUCCUCCGGCAUCCAGUCAGGGACGCCCAUCACCAAUGACCUCUUCAGCCAAGCCCUGCAGCAUGCCCUGCAGGCCUCGGGGCAGCCCAGCCUUCAGCUAGGAGGCUGUUCUCCCUGCCGUACGGCUCAGGAGCUUUCACUCGCCCCACCUGGCCUGUAGCCUGAGUCCGAGUUGGUUCGUGUGGUUUUUACAGCCAUCCCCAGCCUCACCCUUGCCUGCCUGCCUGCCUGCCUCCCCGCUGCCUUCCUCUCCCACAGUGUGAGCACAUGACUUUCCUUAAGUUGUGCACUUAGCUCCUUCAUGAGAUAGAGAUAUUAAUGAAGGUUUGAAUGUACUAUAAGAAAAUGUGGGUUAAUUUCUUUAAACCCUUACAGGUGAGAAGGCCUCUUUUAGCUGAAAGUCAAAAUCUGGGAGCAAUUAUAUAAUGAGUAAUACAUUUUGAGUUCAUAAAAGUGAAAAUUUAUGCAUACUAAACCAAACCAAACAAACCAAAAAAAACCAGUCAAAGUCUGCAUGCUAACAACAACCUGGGAAAAAUUCUGUAACAUAUCAGAGAACGGGAAAAAGGCCCCUGAUGUAGAGGUUCUAGUAAUUUAGGACCAACAACUCCAUAGAAAUCUGAACACAGGCCAUGAACAGACAGGACCUUUCAUGGAAAGGAAGUACAGAUGGCCCCUCAGCCAUGUGAUUCCUCACAGUCCCAUUUCUCGGAAUUUAUCCUUGAGAUGUAUACAUGUGAAAAAAGUGAAGUGUACAGAGUCAGUUCCUGUAGCGUCCCAACAGCAAAAGAUUGGAAAUAGCCCAAUUAUGGGACAUUUCAGGACAUCCCAGGUUGGAAUAUUACAUGGUUAUUAAAAACGUCUUUAGUUAUAUACUGGCAUAGCUAGAUUCCAGGAUGUACUGAGCAUGUUAAAGAAAAGAAGAGGGAGGUGGAUAUAGACAGGAAUAAGGAAAGGGUAAAGAUAGGAGUACAUGUGUGUGUCUCCUCAAAAUAAAGUUGGUUAUCUGGGGUGAGGGUGAGCGUGGAUGAGAGGAAGACUUUCCACUAUUUGUCAUGCUAAAAAACAAAACUAAUUUUAAAAUGUAUUCCCCUCACCCCUUUUGUGUGUAUGUGGCUGUACAUAUAGCAGGAGAAAGAAAGUAAUUUAAUCGUUUAAACUUUAGAUCUUGAGGAAUAUGUGGUUUUUCUUUUGAUCCUAAUGUUAAAAAUGUCCUGUUUUUAUUGGAUAAACUUUUUUUUUUUUUAGCUGAGCCAUCCUGCCACCUGUUGGUCGCUCAGCGGUAGC